CUUCAGCCACAUUCCAAAAGUCACCUAAGCUCCUCACCUUUUUCAAAUAAUUCGACCGUUGAACCCACAAUCACAACGUAAAUCAUCUCUCCACUCCCAAAUUUUCCCAUUCUUUUCUCCCUUUCAACACACAAACAAAACACAGCAGUGAGAAAAUCUUCUCCUUCACAAAGAUCAAAUCGCAGGGCGCAGAAAACAAAUCACACCAAUUUAGAAAAUGGAGGAUCCGAACUUGAUAAUUGACCAAGAUUACGAGUUCGAGGCGCCACGAUUCUACGACUUUAUGAAUGGAGAAACGGAUGAGGAUAUGCGGAAGGCUGAACUUUGGUUCGAGAGUUCAAUCAGCUAUGCCCCUUCUCCUUUUACGCAAAGAAUCAAGAAGAGUGGUAGAACAUUUCAACUUGAGAGCCUAUGUGAUUUUACCAAAGUAGAGGAAGAAGUGCAGGAUAAUUCAAGGCCUACAACCGAGCCCUCUCUUUCUGGAAGUAAGGAAGAGGUAAGUUUAAAUGGUGGGAUUGAAGAGCAUGCAGCGAGGCUCACUUCUUCAGGAAGUAAGGUAGAGGUAACGCCUAAGGAGAUUAUUGAAGAAUCUGGUAGCAGUAGUAAGAAUCUGGUAACGCCUAAGGAGAUUAUUGAAGAAUCUGGUAGCAGUAGUCUUCCUAAUCCGGAACCUAUUCAGCAGCAGUCAAAUGUAGAAGAAAUUAGUACGCCCGCACCACCAAUGAUAUCUUUGAAGAGUGACAGGAAGACUGAUUCCAAGAAGCAACAGACUGCUAAAAUGAUCGCCAGCAUUCUUAGAAACCCGUCGGCAUUAAAGUCAAAAGCUCACGUGCAACAGUCACAGUUGAAGAGCAGUAAUCCAGCUAGUACGAGGAAGCAACCAACCGUGAAAAGUUCCCUUAAAGCACCUAAUUUUGCUCUUGAAAACCAAGCUAUAAAGAGACAGAAACUAGAAGACGGAAAAUCCAGACAGAUUCUUAACAUCAAACCUCAGACUCUGCUGCACAAAACACGAGUUGGAGUUGCUAGCAGCAGUUCCGCCUUACUCUCUCCGACUGCAAAAACUCAUAAAAAGGAUAGAAAGAUGUAUGUUCGGGAACCAAUUGCCCCGUUUGUUUCAACAGCAGAAAUGUUGAAAAAGUUCCAAUCUAGCACCAGGGAGAUGUCACUGUCUCGCAUGAGCAGCUCUACUUCACAUGCUGAUCCAGCUGGACUGAUGCGGAAGAAUCAUAAGCUUAUAUUGACCAGGCCUAAAGAACCUGAAUUUGUAACAGCUCAACGUGUUCGUCCAACAAGAGUCAAGAGUUCAGCUGAGCUAGAGGAAGAAAUGAUGGCCAAAAUUCCCAAGUUUAAGGCUCGACCAUUAAACAAAAAGAUAUUGGAAAUUCCAACUCUAUCAGCAUUACCGAAGUGUACACCUCAACUACCAGAAUUUAAGGAAUUUCAUUUGCAAACUAUGGCACGGGCGAAUCAAAAUGCUGAAACAUCAACAGUUGCAUCAAUAGAAUCUACUCAGAGUCAUCAAUGGAAGCCGACGCAUCUUACAGCUCCAAAAUCGCCCGUUCUUAAAACAUCACUAAGAGCACGGCCUCCAAAGAUCAAAAGCUCCGAAGAAAUGGAAAAGGAAGAACUUGAAAAAGUUCCCAUUUUUAAGGCAAGGCCUUUGAAUAAGAAGAUUUUUGAAAGUAAGGGAGAUUUGGGGAUGUUCUGCAACACAAAGAGGCAGGUGACAGUGCCUCAGGAAUUUCAUUUUGCCACAGACGAACGUAUCCCACCUCCAGCUAAUGUAGCUGAUAUAUUUGACAAGCUUUCCCUUAAAUCUGAACUUCAAAAUGACAAGGCUACUCUCCCUAGAAACACCACUCCAAAUCCUUUUCAUCUCUACACUGAGGAACGAGGUGCAGAAAAAGAGAGGAGAUUGUUCACCGAACUUCUACAUAAACAAAUCGAGGAGGAGAGGUCUAGAAUUCACAAAGCAACUCCAUAUCCAUACACCACUGAUUAUCCCGUGAUUCCACCGAAACCAGAACCAAAGCAGUGCACAAGACCGGAACUUUUCCAAUUGGAGAGUCUGACUAAGCAUGAGCAGGAGAUGCGAAAGCAUAUGGAAGAAAGACGAAGAAUGGAGGAGGAAGAAACAAAGAUGAGGAAUUUUAAGGCGCAACCAGUAUUGAAAGAGGACCCAAUACCAGUUCCUGAGAAAGUACGCAAACCCCUCACUGAAGUUCAGGACUUUAAACUGCACGUAGAUCAUCGUGCUCAUGAUAGAGCUGAGUUCGAUAAGAAGAUUAAGGAGAAAGAGAUGAUGUAUAAGAGGUAUAGAGAGGAGGCAGAAUCUGCAAAAAUGAUGGAGGAAGAGAAGGCGCUGAAACAACUGAGGAGAACUUUGGUGCCUCAUGCAAGACCUGUGCCUAAAUUUGAUCAUCCUUUUCAACCUCAGAAGUCUUCAAAACAAGCGACGAAAGCAAGAUCACCAAAGCUACAGAUUGUUAAAAGAAAAGAAAGGAGGGCAAUGGCCUGCCCUUAUGCGGCAGUUUCUAGUGCUGCCUACCAAAUGAGGUAGUGAUCAAUUCAAAAAUUUGGGGAGCUAAUUAGUUUUUCAAGAAAUCUUGAAUUCUACACAGAGAGGAGGGGGGAAAUAUAGGUUACUCCAGUUUGAGUUCAGAAGAAUAUUUGUAAUGUAUGUAAAACUUGUGCAAAAUCGGAGCUCUACAAAUUCACUUUAGUUUGAGUUUAGAAAAAUAUUUGUAAUGUAUGUAAAACUUGUGCAAAAUCGGAGCUCUACAAAUUCACUUUAGUUUGAGUUUAGAAAAAUAUUUGUAAUGUAUGUAAAACUUGUGCAAAUAUUAAUGUCUAAUUCAUUCAUUCAUUCAA